CAGCGGUCACUUUCAUCACGUGCAACAAGGGGAAAAUGUCCGUAACGGAUUAUGCACAAAAGUUACACAACUUUUCGCAUUAUCUCCACAACUUCAGCUGCAUCUCGACGCACACGAUGAUUCCGUCGGCUUGGAGAGAUUUAUUCAGAUAAUCAUCUUAGCAAGGGAGUUUGGAAUGGACACAGGACUGAAUGGAGAAGGCUCAAAAGGACACCCAUACAAAAUCUGCAUUCAUAAAUACACAAAAGAUGGCAGCUGCUGAGACCACUGGUCCCUCAUCCAAUUCAGUCAACCACGAUGAAGAGACUCUCAACUGCAGCAUAAUGAAUGAAGGAUUCACCGUUCCCUGCAUGAGCCCCCCUGAAGUGGAAGCUUGCAUUAAAAUGUUUAAAUCACAGCCAGGUCCAAUGUUAUUCAAAGAUGGAAAGAUCUUUAGACCGUCUGAGGUCACAAACUGGAGUGAAUUCUGGUUAACAAGAGAGCCGGUAUGCUUGAUUAAGCUAAAACAAGGAAAUAAAAUCAAGUCCUGCUAUGGUGCCUACUUGGGGAAUGAUUACAUCUUGACUGCCUGUCAUACAUUUGAGUAUGCUCGUCGAUAUGACGCAUAUGUUUUCUUCCCCACCACAGACUUUGUUCUGAUUUAUGAGGCCAAACUUCCCAAAAAACGCCACAUGUUUCAUGGCAAAGAUCAAUGCCUUGUUAAAUUACUCGGGCCAACAGAUGUUUUGGGAAAAGGUUUACUUGACCGCAUUUGUGAACCCAGUGAGAAUGAGAAAUUGUAUUUCUACAAAUUUAAUAGCCAGGGGAAUCUCCAAAGGCACACAUGCGAAGGUAUCACUCAUUCCUCUGCCAUGAACAAGAAAAGCCAAAUAAAUGAGUUUCUGAUGUCCAUGGCAGGUCAGCCAGGUGAAAGUGGAAAUCCUGUUUUCAGUCUGAGAUCCAGAAAAUGUGUGGGAAUAUACACAGGAACCACAAAGUCAAUGGAAGGCUGUGCAUCAAAAGUAGAUUACAAACAGCUAUUGAAACACACUAAAAAAAAAUCUUUUUUGAGCAUGCUCAAAAAUAAAUUUGUGCCUUUUCUUAAGACUAGGCUUUUCUGUGUGCCGGCUUCGAACAAUCAAACUUCUGAUAGUGAAUCAGAUUGAAGUGGUGGUUUAUCUGGUCUCAAAUGACUUGAAAGGAGUCCACAUCAUACUCUCUUUUUACACUUGAUUAAAAAUGUGCAAAAUAUGCACUGAACAUACGGUCCAAAUUGUGCUGAUGUCAUGCUGACAUAUAUCAAAUGUAGGUGCAGUUGCUUCUCUAGGUACAAUAGGAAAUGUUUUGCUAAUGACACAGCUUAAUGCUUGAUGCUUUAGACAACCAUGUUUUGAUCUACUCUUGAAAUGUUUAAUAUUGUAAAAUUAUGUGUAGAUAUUUCUAAACUAAUAUUGUUGUCAUACAAAAUAAAAAUGGAUGGAAAACACAAGACAUGCAUGUGGAACU